AUUUUGCUUGUUCCCUUAGUUUGCCCAGUCCCCCUCGGUAUGGAAAGUGGAGCCAUUUUGGACUCCCAGAUAAGUGCUUCAUCAGAAUGGGCCAGCAAUCAUGCCGCACAGCAGGCAAGGUUACACUUUGUAAAAACUGUUUAUAGAACUGGUGCCUGGUCAGCUAAGUCAAACGACUUAAACCAGUGGCUACAGGUCGAUCUUUUGAAUACGACUCGAGUGUCAGGAGUAGCAACUCAAGGACGGAACGGAUGCCCUUGCGAUCAGUGGGUCACAAAGUACAAGUUACAGUACAGUGAAGAUGGACAGGCGUUUAAGUUCUAUAGGAGAAGUGGAGAUAAAUCAGACAUGGUGGGAAACAAAUAAAACACCUUGCACCAAACCCUAUUUUUGAAAAUAAUAAUAAUAAUAGGCCUUGUUCAAAUUUACCUAACCCUACCUCUUUGAAUAGGGAGGAAAACACCCAGUCUAGCUCUUGGGAUAUGUGAAUUUCACCAAAGCUAUUUUUAUACCAGUUACACGCUUCUAAUUGAUCGGAAGUUAGUUUCCGGAGAGGUCCGCAAACUAUUAUUCAGUGUUGUUAAAAUGGAAUUCAACAGUCGCCAUUACAAUGUUUUGCAUUGUUUGCCAUGAGGCAGUUGCGCUUGGACUUGUUGACGUCUUAAACAAUCGAUUGAAACAUUCAGACGUUCCAGGAACUGGACGUCCAUUUGGACGCAACCUCUAAAAAUAGCUUAAGUAAAAUUCACACUUCCCGGCCAACGCCUUAAGAUUCCGUCUCUGCCACUAAUCUCUCUUGAUAAGUCACAAAAAACUCCAGACAACAGAAGCAGAUAGUUCGUCUUGACAAGUUAUUCAUCUUUUCCCAAUCUAAACAAAUAACUCAUCUUACAUACGUUUGCACAGAUUAUCCAUCUCUUGCCAGUACAAUAGACCUUGUCACAGAUUUCGACGCCAUCUUGACGAGUAGGCAAACGUGUGAGAAAUUACAGUGUUUGUAUGAAAAUCUAAUGUUGAAUAAUUUCCCUAAAACGGCUGUUCUCAAAAAAAUAUCAGUUGUAAACUAAAGUUACUAAGCAAAGGAUUGCACUAAAACAUUUUUGGGCCGUACUUAUGCUUAAAUUUCUCCAGACGCUUGCUUUAGAUUUUCCAUAUAUUUGUCUGUAAUUUUCGCGGGACUUUCUUACAGACAAAUGUAUAGAAAAUUCUUAAAAGUUGUUGUAGGUCUUCUAGGGCAUGUAACGCCCGCAAUUUUUUUCAGGAGAAUCGUUAGGAGUGAGGCUUUAGUUUACACAUCAGUAUUUUUUUCAGAACAGCCGUUCUAAGGAAAUUAUUCGACAUUAGAUUCUCAUCUCGUCAAGGCGGCGUCGAAAGCCGUAACAAGGUCUAUUCAAUUGUUUCUUGGUGUUGCAGAAUUCAAGUGUUUCUUGUUGGUUUGUGAUGUUGUUUGGUCAUUGUUCAGCAUCUUUUCAUUUUUUUGUAUUACGUCAUUUGGUGAUUGCACCCGUCUGCAACACCAAGAAACUACGAGCCCAGAUACCAAACUAUCGUAUUCUGUUAAAUCUCAUUUAGGUUUUUACGGGAAACACCGACAGAGAUACUGUUGUGAAUCAUCAGUUAACUCCCAUGAUUAAAGCUCGUUACAUUAGACUAAUUCCUGUGGAAUGGAACAAUCACAUAUCUCUGAGAAUGGAACUCUACACCUGUUAG